AUGACUUCUAUGGUGCGCUCCAGGUCUAAAACACGCACAGUAGCUGAUGAAAUUCGUUCGGAUGGCACUCGUGCUAUUAUCAUAACUGAUACUGUUGAAGAAACCAUUGAAAAAGUUACACCGGUUAUAAAUCCAAUAAAUCAUCUAAAACCAAUAAAUCAUAUAGAUCCAAUAAAUCAUAUAAAUCCAAUAAAUCAAAAAAAUCAAAUAAAUCAAAUAAACCAAAUAAACCAAAUAAAUUAUAAUGUUACCAUGGUGAAUAAAUCGCCAUCAUUUAAAAUUCCUAUUAUUAAGAUCAAUGGUAAUAUCGAACCUGAGAUAGAUAAUGUAGAAGAAGAAGAAGAAUUAAUGAAAGAAAAAAAAGUUGAGCAACAAGAGGAUAAUAAAUCGAAAGAUAGUGACAAGAAGCAAGAAGAUAAUAAAUUAAUCAAUAAUGAUAAUCUGGGUAAUGAGGUCAAAAAAGAAGAAAAAAUUGAGGAGCAAGGGAAUAAUAAAUCGAACGAUAAUGACAAGAAGCAAGAAGAUAAUAAAUUAACCACCAGUAAUAAUGAUUAUAUUAUCAAUGAGGUCAAAGAAGGAACAAAAGUUGAGCAGCAAGAAGAUAAUAAAUUAAUCAAUAACGAUAAUAUGGAUAGGGAGGUCAAAAAAGAAGAAAAAAUCGAGGAGCAAGAGAAUAAUAAAUCGAAAGAUAAUGACAAGAAGCAAGAAGAUAAUAAAUUAGUCAUCAAUAAUUAUAAUUAUUAUAUCAAUGUGGUCAAAAAAGAAGAAAAAGUCGAGGAGCAAGAGAAUAAGAAAUCCAAAGAUGAUGACAAGAAACAAGAAGAUAAUAAAUUAAUCAUCAAUAAUUAUAAUUAUAAUAAUAUUAUCAAUGAGGUCAAAAAAGAAGAAAAAGUCGAGGAGCAAGGGAAUAAUAAAUCGAAAGAUAAUGACAAGAAACAAGAAGAUAAUAAAUUAAUCAUCAAUAAUUAUAAUAAUAUUAUCAAUGAGGUCAAAAAAGAAGAAAAA